AGCUCGAGGUUCGUGACGUCAGAACAUAUGACCGGAAAGCUAUCAUAUGAUCACUGUUUACAAAAAAACCCAGGGCUCCAUUCAGUCGCUCGCGGACGAGGCUACUGUAGUUUUUCACGGCAAUAAUGAGACUUGUAAUUCUCGAUGACUAUGACCUGGCCAGCGAGUGGGCUGCCAAAUACAUCCGCAACCGAAUUAUCCAGUUCAGGCCCAGCGCAGACAGAUACUUCACUCUAGGCCUGCCAACUGGAAGCACUCCACUGGGCUGCUACAGGAAGCUGAUUGAGUAUCACAAGAGUGGAGAUCUGUCCUUUAAAUAUGUGAAGACCUUUAACAUGGAUGAGUAUGUUGGUCUGCCAAGAGAUCAUCCGGAGAGUUACCAUUCAUACAUGUGGAACAACUUCUUCAAGCACAUCGAUAUAGAGCCUCAGAACACCCACAUCUUGGACGGCAAUGCGACUGACUUGCAGGCGGAGUGUGAUGCCUUUGAACAGAAGAUAACAGCAGCCGGGGGCAUUGAGCUGUUUGUAGGAGGUAUUGGGCCAGACGGCCACAUUGCCUUUAAUGAGCCUGGUUCCAGUUUGGUGUCGAGGACGCGAGUGAAGACUCUGGCUAAGGACACUAUAGUAGCCAAUGCUCGUUUCUUUGGGAAUGACUUGUCUAAAGUCCCCACCAUGACUCUUACUGUUGGCGUGGGGACGGUUAUGGAUGCUAGAGAGGUUAUGAUCCUGAUCACUGGUGCACACAAAGCCUUUGCCCUGUAUAAGGCCAUAGAGGAGGGGGUGAACCACAUGUGGACAGUAUCUGCCUUCCAGCAGCAUCCUCGCACCAUAUUUGUCUGUGAUGAGGAUGCAACACUCGAGCUCAGGGUCAAGACGGUGAAGUAUUUCAAAGGGCUAAUGCAUGUUCACAAUCAACUGGUGGAGCCCAUGCACAGCGUGAAGAACUAUAAGGAUUAAGGAUGGGGACAUGCAAUUUUAUGUCUUAAGGGAGUGAAACAAAAUAUUUGCACCAGUUUACAGUAGAAGAAAAUGGUUUCAGAGACCGCAGCAACCUCCGAAUGUAACAAAGGUGGCUGAAAAAAAACAGUGAGAAUGGCAUGUCCCACUGAUCUAUGUAGACGCCUUUGCAUUUGAACUGUUGACUUCUAUCCAUAGGCUUGAUCUUCAGUGGUUUCCUAAUGCACUCCAGAAAAGCACACUUCUUCUCUGCCAACUUGAAACAACAGGGUAGAAAAACAAUAAUGUGGUCUGAGUUUUAUGGAAAGUUCAGUUUAAGGGAAAUCAGUUUUGGCAUUUGAUUGUUACUAAGGUUUAACUCUUGUAUGAAAACACUGACUUCACUCUCGUCAACUCUAACGCCCAUUUCAUUUUUCAAUUAACAUGCCAUUUAAUUUUGUACUGUUAUUUCACAUGACUGGAACGUGUUACUUGUAAAACAAAAAAGUCAUGAUGUUUGUUAUUCCUAAUAAUCCAGUUCAGCAUAAAACUAACUUUGCAUAUCUGUCUUGGGUUACAAGAGGUACUUUACACGGUUGACUCCUUUUGUUCUUUCAAAGCUGGAAAUUUAUAUAUCCUACAACACUCCAGCCUUUUAUUAUUUUGUUAUGGACUGGAUCUCAGAGCCUUUACAUAUGCUUACUGUAACAUUUCUUGCUGGAAUGUAAUUACUCACGUUUAGUCUUCAGUGAUUGGUCUCCAUUUCUUCAGGUUCUUCCAGAAGUCCUAGUCCUGGAGAAAUCCUGCCUUCUACUGCUCUUACAUUGCUCUGAUUCAACCCAUUAACAAAUUAAUAAGGCCUUUAAAUGAUGAAUCGGUUAUGCAAGAACAUGGAAAAACUCUUUAACUAGGGCGAUUUAGCUCACUCCAUCCAGAACUGUAGUACAGUAGUGGUUGUUUCAACCAUGUACCAUAAAAACAGUUAUUUCAGUGAGCUUUUUACUUCAUGUUAGAGAGCUCAUUACAAGUGACUGUACUGUCAUUGUUCCCAUGAAAUUCAUGGGGUAUUCCCUCUAUUGAAAGUGUCUAAAACACUCCAGUGAUAGAAUUGGAAAGCACUGCUCUGGAUUGCCUCUUAAAUUCAACAGUAAAAGGAGUUGGCGUUCAGUGCUAGAGACUUGAGUGACUUGCGUGUUUAUUUGGGACCAGUAUUACCUGCUUUGUCGUCCUUUUUCUGACACUUAUUAUCUGGACACUUUGUUGGGAUCAGAAAGAAUCUGUUAUAUGAUAGUUGCUGAGUGACCUUGGUCUUCUGUUUUGGAAAAUAAACACUUAAAACAUCAGUGCCAUUUAUUAAAUAGUACUGAGCCUCAUUAACAUGAGCAUGUUCUGUAUACUUUUCCAGAUCUGUGUAUCAAUUAAUAUUAUUUCUGUUCUGUUCUCUGCUCUUUUACUUUUAUAAGAGGUCAUGGCAACCGGCACAUUUUAAUUGUACUCUGUAUAAACAGGUCUGUGCUUGGUAUGUUAAAGCUUGUAACCUGUAGUUACUUCUAAAAAUCUGAUUGUAUUUCUUUUAUACUUCAGUAUUUUGAGUAAUCUGAUGAAAAUGCCCCUGUGAAUAGUGAUGUCAACAGGAAUAUUAACAUCUUUUUUUUCUGUUUAUAAAAAUGUUUCCAUUCACCUCUUUAUUCAACAUGAAAAUGCUACCAGAUUUGCACUUAUGCCAAAUCUGCCUUUCAUAUCUUAUUUUACAUGGUUGUAGGGAUAAUAAACUUUUUGGGUUGAGA